UUUGCAUUUAACCCUAACUUAUUAUCAAUAAAGUUUCGAGUCGGACAAAUUGGUUUAGUGUUUGAAGGAGAAAUUUGAGUAUCUUAGAUGAUGAUGAUGGAGCAGCAAAAACAUGGUUUGGUAUGUUAUGAUCAGUUGCCUCCCCUAUGUUCAAAGCAUCCAUGGUUGGUCGCCGAGUGCCUUGAAGACGACGGAAUAAGAGGCCAUUAUUUCUACAACAUACACGACCCCCUGUCUUAUUACCGGUGUCGAAUUCCCCAGUUGCUUGGGAAUGUUAUCCGAGGUUUUUUCCAUGGAUGGGUGAUUCUCUCCACUAAUCUUAUGUGGUCACUCUGGAACUCACUGACGUCUAAGAUCAUACGUCUACCUCCGUUAAAUAUGUUGAAAAAGGAUGGAGAUUUGGACGAUGAUAUCAAACAAUGUUGUUUGUCAUCCCCUCCCAAUGUUCCGGGUUCAGUUCUUCUGUUAACAAGAACCAACAAACCUGCUUUUGUUUUUUGUCGACUAGAUUGUAAGAGAAAGAAGUUAAGAUGGACUGAUAUGUCAUACGCUAAACAACUGAAGAAAAUAACUAUUGAUGGUAGUUUAUUGCAUAGCCUUACUUGUUGCAAUGGUAAGUUAUAUGCGUUAAAGUACUGGUGGUUCAGUUGCCAAUUUUGUCAUACAAAUUGACAUUGCAGUUAAGGAUAAAGAAGUUGUGAUAAAACUGUUGGUUUUUGGGCCAUGCCCUUUUCCUGGCUACCCUUCUUUGGACGACGACCUUGAGGAAAAUUAUAAUUAUUUUCUGAAAGGAUCUUCUACAGAGUUAUUCUGCAUUCUCGUCGAGGGAACAAAGAAAACAAUUCUUGCUGUUACCUUGCAUAUACUAGACAUGGCUAGUAUAAACUGGGAAGAACUAGAAGUCCUUAAAGGUUGGGACUUGACUAAUACGAGGGUGGAAGAAUUAAAAGAGGAAGAUAUUGCAGGCUUAUCCAUAACUGAGGGAAUGUGGAAGGAAAUGUCAGACCUCAAAGGUGGGCUCUUUUAUGUGGAUUUUGAUCAUGGUUGCUCGAUAUUUUACAACUCUGUAAUUGCCUCAGAGUUAGGGGGUUAUAUACACAUUCGUGGUGAUCAAAUGGACAACAUAGUAUAUUCAUACCAUGUUAACCAUAAAACCAUCCUCCCAUUUACUAUGCCUUUUCCAGUGCUGCCAACAAGCCAUGUAUUAAUGUGGGAAUACAGGUUGGAAGAUGACUAUGGAGAAACCAAAUGCAUAGUUGAUUCUAAACCACAAGAGGAUGAGAUAGUAGUAAGAUCACUUACAAAUGACGAGAUUGGGUCUAACAAACAACGGCUGCUUAGUAUUCCGUUUGAUAUAUUGGAGACGAUUAUGAAAAUUUGUGUUGGUGUGGAAUACAUAAACUUUCGUGCUACAUGCAAACAGUGUUAUCUAGCAGCGCCUCUGAUUCAAUGUCACAACAAAACAUCAUUAAGGAGAUUACGGAGCUAUUCAUUAGUUUCACCUUGGCUGGUGGUUCUAGACACUAAUCGAGGCAUUAACACUUUUACAUAUCCGAUGUCAGGUGACCAUUACUUCAUGAAAAAUUCUCAAAUAUCGAUUCUUAAAGGCAGUGGAAUAUAUUGUUCCAGGUUUGGAUGGUUGUUGGUUAGGGUUUGGGACGAAGAAUUACUUCCACACCUAGUAUUUUUUAACCCCUUCACAAAGGAUAUACACAAGCUUCCAGUAUCGUAUCGAACUUUCGAAAGCUUGUGUUUCACAGCACCACCAACUUCCCCCAACUGUAUGGGUAUUGGAUUUACAUCACGUAAUUCAAGAACCUGUGUUCACGUCUUCUAUGUAGCUCCGCAACCAAUCUCAACGUUUGAUACACCUGAAGAUUUAGCUGAUUAUCUACAUGCCUUGGAUGUUGGUUCAGCUGAACCAACCUGGCGUACGCUUGAAUUGGGUGAUAUAAGCUCUAUUCGGUUUCCAACAUUUCAUGAAGGAGAUCUCUAUGCCUUGUGUGACGAGGGAAAACUCUUGGUUUUAAAACAUUUGCUGGAAGAAGAUUACUCCUGGAAGGUUAUUGAAGCCAAAAUCCCGGGAAGUGGUUGCAACUCUGAGGCACUAUAUUACAUGACGAAGUGCGAUCAACAUCUUUUAGUAGUCAUUGUGGGCAAGUUUGAAAAUUCCGUCGAGGUAUUCAAGCAUAAUGAUUUAGCAGAAGAAUGGGAGAAAGUAGAUGAUUUAGGAAAACACACGAUUUAUAUUUCUGAUACAGUGUGUCUCUGCAUUGACGCCCAAACGCCGGAAAUGGCGAAGAUUUAUUUUCCGUGUUUGCAUCCCACAAACGGGAAAGUAGUGUUCUAUUCACUCGAAACAUGCUUGUUUCACACAUUCAAUGGCAGAAACAUGGAACAAUAUUUGGGGGGUUACUCAGGACUGUGCAUCAUCACAACCCUCUUGCAUGGAUUGAACCAAGUUGGUGUUAGUUGACUUUUUUAUGUAUCAUUUUUUUUUUAAUGGGUUAUGUAUCAUUAUUAUUCAUUAUAACACUAUGUGGUACGUUAAACUUGUAGCUUCUUUUAAUCAUUUUUAUGUUUACUAA